UCAAACACGGUUUUCCGUUUUUCCUGGGAUGAUGGCAUCGUCCUUCUCGAUGAAGUCGGAGUCGGAGCUGAAAAGUUCAAGUCCGAUCUCCACCUGCAUGAUUCGUAAUAAGGCAUUCACACAUGCAGAGAAGCUACCUUUUCUGCUCAAUGACUCACCCACCUGCCACACAGUGAUGUCGGCAUUUUGGGGGAGUGAUGUGUCCUUCUUGAACAGAAAGCGGCCAAACGCCGAAUUGCGGGUGCAGCUUUCGUAGCUUUUGCAGAUGGGUUUGUUGUUUUUCUAAGUAAGACAUUCCAUGAUGAAUGCGAUAUCUAUGUGUGAGCUCCGCACGGACCUUGAGGUUUGCCGGAGUGAUAGAGGUUGUGCCAACCCGCUUGAGAGCGUCACGGAGAGAGACUCUAGGGCCCGAGUUGGCGAACGUGGCGCCCACAAGCCUGCAUUGUGCAGCCGCCAGGAACAAAACAUUCAGUUCAUAUGAGUCAGAGGCGUAUUCACCUACAAUAGACGCUGGUAAUCCUGAGCUAUACCCAAAUUCUCCUCAAAUCUGCCCAUCAUGGGACCCAGCUGCAUUAAGUAGCGCAAUAACAUGCAAUCAACCUGGACAGCGUCUCUUACCUGCUUCCUGAUUUCGAAGUCCGAAUCUUUUUGCUGAGGGUCUUGCAUGAGCUCGAUGCAGAUAUCGAUGUAGAAAUUACCUGGGGGGUAGGUCUGAGAAGUUUAAAGCACACAUCCAUAUGGGAACGCAGUGUGGCACCAAUGGCGAUAUCGCACCCUGUCGAGGUGGUCCCGUGUCGGAGACACAGUGCAUAUGAUGUCGAUGUCCUGGCCUUGUGCCCCCGUGAAGAAGAGGUAAUUCAAAGAGGCCGUGUUCGUCUCGACUGCAGUUGGCGGCAGGAGCAGCUGACUCAGGUCAUACUUGGUGAUUGUGGCGUCAAACUUGCGAACAGCAUACGGCUCUUCUAGGCAGGCCUUGGCGAUGAUGUGGAUAGGCAGCACAGCAGGCAGCAGAAGGGAAGCGGCUUUGAAGGGGUCGAACUUGAAAUCUGAGAGGGCAGUGCCAACAGCGUCUUCCAAGACCUGCAGACAUGCAGCACAUGUGAAUGACAAGAUGCACAACACAUAUCGUGCGCGGCAGCUUUCGCCCCACUUUGAUCAU